AUGGAAAGCCUGCAGCGGCAGCAGGCGGCCCGCCUGGCCCGCGGCCCCGACGGCGCACCCCGACGGCUGCCGCUCGAAGCUGCUCCUGGUCCCGGUCCCGCUCCGUCGCCCGCCGCCCCCCGCCGCCGCCCGACCCCUGGCCCACGCCCGCUGCCCGCUGCAGCGGGGGAGGAGGAAGAGGAAGAGGAAGAUGAAGAGGAGGAGGAGGAAGGGGAUCCCUGCGACCCGCCGCCGCCCCCGCACCACGAGUGGACCUACGAGGAGCAGUUCAAGCAGCUCUAUGAACUGGAUGAGGAUCCGAAGCGCAAGGAGUUCCUGGAUGACCUCUUCAGCUUCAUGCAGAAGAGAGGAACGCCUGUGAACCGGAUCCCCAUCAUGGCCAAGCAGGUGCUGGACCUCUACAUGCUGUAUCGGCUGGUGACAGAGAAGGGCGGCCUGGUGGAGGUCAUCAACAAGAAGAUCUGGCGUGAGAUCACCAAGGGUCUCAACCUACCUACCUCCAUCACUAGUGCUGCCUUCACCCUCCGCACACAAUACAUGAAGUAUCUGUACCCCUAUGAAUGUGAGAAGCGGGCUCUCAGCUCACCUGGGGAGCUUCAGGCUGCCAUUGACAGCAACCGGCGGGAGGGGCGAAGGCAGACAUUUGGCACCGCACUCUUCAACUACUCUCCCACUGGCACCCCAACCCUGCUGGGCUCCCCUAAAAUACCCUUGCCGGGUCUCAGCAUCUCCACCCAUAGCUGCAGCCAGAUUAGCCAAGUGCACGGUGUGAAGAAAGAGGAUGGCACAGUGCCUGGGCGCAUCACCAUCCCAGUGGGGCUGUCCAGCCACCACCUCACAGCAGCCCAAGUGGCUGCAGCCUCACAGGCAGCAGUGCUGGAGCAGCUGCGAGAGAAGCUGGAGGCUGGGGAGCCACCAGAGAAGAAGGUGUCGCGGAUGACGGAGGAGGAGCAGCGGCUGAUGCAGCAUGCUCUGCAGCACAACCUCCUGGCUGUAGCCUCCCAGUUCCCCAUGAACAUCAGAGUCUCCAACCGAGAUGACAGACAGGAGACCGCAUUGAACCUGUCCACCAACGGCAUUAGCAGUAUCAACAUGUCAAUAGAAAUAAAUGGAGUUGUCUACACAGGUGUCCUGUUUGCUCGCCGUCCUGCAGGACCCUUGGCAUCUGGUGGAGGGGGCACCCAAAGCGGGCCAAACCCUGCGGCCACCCCAAACCCACUGCCACCAGCCCCCUCACAAAGCCACACUCCCACUGGCACUGCACCUUAGGGGCAGUGCUCCUCAAAGAGCUGCACUCCCAAAUAUGGGGCAAAGAUGUGCCCAGUGGGGAAGGGAUGUGCCCAUGAGGGCCUGGGGAUCCUCUUGUUUCAGUGUGGGGCUGUGGCAGUGCAGCAAACAACUGUGGGGGGCCCUUUCAUCCCUCACCCACUGGUGUGCAGCCCCUCACCCAUGUGGACCCCCAAAACAUGCAUCUCCUGUGACCCCCAUGCAGUUCCUGCUGGCCUGGAACCCCAGCACCCUGCAGAUUGCAUCCCCUUGAUGCAGUCACUGCAUUCCUCAUACUUGCCUCAGUACACUCACUGCAGCCCCUAUGUAUACCUCAGCUGCUACAGACUGUACACCUUGAUGCUCACUUUGCAUCCCCCUGUACACACCUCAGUGCACACUCUGCAUCCUCUGUAGUGACCUCAGUGCACACACUGCAGCCCCUAUGCACACCUUGAUGCAUACUGUCCCCUGCACAUUGCAAUGCUGUCUGGCAUACCGCAUUCCUUAUACACAUCUCUUUGCACAGUGUACUCCUUACACAUGCUGGCAGUGCAUACCCUACAUCUCCCGCACACAGCAUCACCAAUACACCCCCUACAGUGACCCCUGUCCACCCCCCCCUGUGCACAUUGUGUCCCCUACACAUUCCCCAUACACACCAUUCACCCUCCACACACACUCAGAGCAAUUGCUGCGGCCCUCCCCCUCACUCCCCCCAUGCUGCCCACCCUGUGACACCCCCGGGGUCACCCGAGGGCAGUGGCACCCAGCGCUGGGGACACCUCAAGCCCCCAGCUUGGGGGGGGAGGGUUGCGUUGGGAGGCACACAUUGGGGAUACUGGUGGGACUGGUGG